GACUUGUAUUGCAUAACACUAUAAACACUAUUAAUGAAGUAAUGAGUCAUAAAUUGAUUGCAAUUAAAGUAAUGAUUGGAUUAAACAAUCGUUUGAUUUGUUAUUAAAUAAAACAUUUGUUUGACAUUUAAAUGAAGAUAUUUGUGGUUCAUAUAUGACAAUAGAUUUAGACAUAUAUGUUAUGUUUUGCUAAGAUAUCAACAAACAGUUGACAUCACGAGUCAAGUGAUAGCAACUAAUGAUAUAUUAAUCAAAAUGGAUGAGACUGUCGGCAAAAGUGAUGAAUUGGUGGCCAAUAAAUGUCUUCUCGAUAUGACUAAUGAAGAAUUAUCACAAAGUCUGGUCAAUGAUAGCAAUGACACAAAUGAUGAUCAAUUGGACACUAUUGAUGAUCAACAAACACCACCCGAUGUGGUUAAUGAUAGCCAGGAAAGGGUGACAAAUGAUGACCAAAAAACAGAAAUUAAUAAAGAAUUUUCUGAAGCGGUGUAUAGUUGUGGCCAAACAGCCGCACAUCAACUCUGUUAUCACUUGAAAUACAUUGAAUGGAAUGGAGUGAAGACACCGAUAAUAACACAGAAUCUGAACGGUCCGUGUCCUUUGUUGGCCAUUAUUAAUGUUCUUAUUCUUAAACGAAGAAUACAAUUACCAUCAAUGAUGGAUAUGAUAACAGAUGAACAGUUGAUGGAAUAUUUGGGCGAUUGUAUAAUCAGUAGCGUUCCUAAGAAUAUUCCCGAAGGAGUUCAACUCAAUUACGAACAGAAUUUUAUGGAUGCGAUGCAGAUAUUACCGAAAUUACCGAAAGGUUUAGACGUUAACGUCAGGUUUACCGGAGUUUUCGAUUUUGAAUACACACCCGAAUGUAUUGUCUUUGAUUUACUUCACAUUCCUCUAUAUCACGGAUGGCUCGUUGAUCCAAAUGAUAAAGAAGUGAAGACAGCUGUUGGCAAUAUUAGUUAUAAUCAAUUAGUUGAUAAAAUAAUUAAUAACAAAACCUCUAUAAACCCUGAAUUGAUUACAGAAGCCUUAAUAGCUGAAGAGUUUUUAGAGAAGACAGCCUCACAGCUAACAAAUUAUGGCCUUCAAGAGCUAAUUAAUCGACUUAAAGAACAAGAGUUGUGUGUUUUAUUUAGAAAUAAUCAUUUUAUAGUCUUAUAUAAACAUAAGAAUCAUUUGUAUCAAUUGGUGACCGAUCAGGGAUUUCUGAGUGAGAAUAAUGUUGUUUGGGAGACAUUAAACAACAUUGAAGGCGACACUGAGUUCGUCGACGGAAACUUUGUUGUAGUUCCUCCUAAACUAAUGCUAAUCACUACAGGAUUAUCUCAGCAACAGAUCGAUCAAGACUAUUUAGUGGCUCUUAGCCUACAAGAAGAGCAAAAGCGACAAAUGGAGAGUUGUAAAGAAUGGGAACAAUUUAAGCAAGACUCUGGUAUGGAAGGACUUACUGAUGAAGAAUUAGCCAAACGUUUACAAGAAGAAGAAGACAAAAGAUUUGCAUUACAAAGACAACAAAGCGAAGACCAGUUGGUGCAACCGCAACAACAACAGCAACAACAACAACAUUCGGCACCAACACAUCAUAGGGGUGGACAACAGGUUCAUCCAAACGCCGGUCUUCAACAAAGAAGAAAUACAAACGGCAGCUCUGAAGAGAGUGAAAACGGAGGAUCAAAUAAAACUAAAAAUAAAAAUUGUAUUAUUAUGUAACGAAAUGACAUUCCGGUCACUUUAAUGAAGAGCUUUUUAAAUAUAGAUGAAGACUAGGAAUCACUGCCUGAAGUGUAUGAAACCCAUACAUACACUAAUUAUUAAGUCAAUAAAUCAAUUACAAUGUAUAUUAGGGAAACAGUAGUUAUAAAUGAAUGUAAAUAUUUGUAUCGUAAAUGAUAUGAAAUUGGAGAAGAUGUGCCUUUUUGGGGGAAGUAUAGCGUUUAUGUGCCUAAAAUCAGGUCUUAAUUUAUAAUUUUCAAUUACCGCUGAAUUUAUUAUAAAAAAUCAUGUAUUAAAUUACGUGAAAAAUUUAAAACGAUUUUAUCAAUACUGUAGUAAUUUAAGUUUAUUAAUCUUCAUAA